AUGGCGUUUCCCGUCCUCACGUUGUGGUCGACAGCCAGUAUACUGGCCAUAUUGCCGGCGACCCUCGCUGGUUUCAACUCUGGAUCAGGAAAAAAUGUGGCCGUUUAUUGGGGCCAAAAUUCGUACAAUCAAGGCAGUGGUCCGCUUGCCCAACAGCGUCUAAGUUAUUACUGCUCUAACGCCGAAAUUGACAUUAUUCCCGUUGCCUUUAUGAAUGGUAUCAGUCCUCCCAUCACCAAUUUCGCCAACGCUGGUGAUAAUUGUACCGCCUUCCCCAGCAAUUCCAAUCUCCUCAGCUGUCCCCAGAUUGAAGCGGAUAUCAAGUCUUGCCAGGUGACCAACGGCAAGACAAUUAUUCUUUCUCUUGGCGGCGCGACCUAUGGCCAAGGUGGAUGGAGCAGCGUGAGUGAUGCCCAAGCAGCCGCUCAGAAUGUUUGGGAUAUGUUUGGCCCCGUACCCUCGGGCAAGACUAUUGAUAGGCCGUUCGGAUCAGCCGUUGUCGAUGGCUUUGACUUCGACUUCGAAGCUAGCACGAAUAAUUUGCCUGCCUUUGGCCAGAAGCUUCGCAGUCUCAUGGAUGCAGCAGGAGGCAAAAAAUUCUACCUCUCUGCCGCUCCUCAAUGUGUCUUCCCGGAUGCCGCUGUUGGCGCAGCCCUUAACGCUGUGUCGUUUGACUUCAUCAUGAUUCAGUUUUAUAAUAACUGGUGCGGCGUGUCUAACUUCCAGGAGGGCUCAACAACUCAAAAUGCAUUCAAUUUUGACGUUUGGGAUAACUGGGCCAAGACUACCAGCCCCAAUAAGAAAGUUAAGCUUCUCAUUGGCGUCCCAGCCGCUCCCGGCGCAGGCGGCGGUUACACGAGCGGCUCCAAACUCAAGGCUGCUAUCAACUGGUCUCAAAAGUACAGCAGUUUUGGUGGUGCCAUGAUGUGGGAUAUGUCUCAACUGUACUCUAAUAGCGCGUUCCUUGGCGAAAUCGUUUCCGACAUUUCGAACGGCCCUACUACCACUCUCCCACCCGGCGGUACCACCACGACAACGUCAUCUUCCACUCCUCCUCCCACAGGAACACUCGUCCCUCAAUGGGGUCAGUGCGGUGGCGAAGGCUACACUGGAUCUACUCAAUGCCAGCCUCCUUACAAGUGCACCUAUGGCGGGCAAUGGUGGUCUUCCUGCCAAUAG